AUGCCUGAGAAAAUCGUUGAUGGAAUUCUUAAAGAAUUUCAAGAGAAGGGCUUAAUUGAGCCUGCGAUAAAAAAGCGAAGACUGCAUGUUAAGAGCUAUAAAAUGCAUCCUCUUGUGCGUUCAGCUGUGACUGUUCUUUCCCAGGAAGCUGGUAAUUUGUUUGAUUAUGAUGAUAAGGGGAAUGUGCUUCCCCAGAAAUAUUGGACUUCUGAAUUACUAGAUCCUAGGGAGGAACCGGUGGUGAAGGUGAAUGUCUCAUUCCCAAGGUGUAAAAGGAUGUGUUUGCUAAAAGUCCAAGAGGAGGAUCAGGAGCUGAAGCAGAAGCAGAAGCAGUUCCUAGAGAAAAAACCUUCUAUACCAAAGGAAAGUCAGUCAACAUCAAGUUCGAAUUCAGAAGGUACAGAUCUAGAAAAAAUCGUUACAUUAUUCAAUGUUAAUGAGCCUUUUCCUGAUCUUGAAUUGGCGUGGUUAAUGAAGAAGAAAGAUAAAAAUGCGGAACCGAUUAAAGAGCCGAGUGCGAAGGACUGGUUAUCGAAGAUGAAACAUGCCAAAGUUGUUUGUCUGGGAAGCUGGCCGGGAUCAGUUAAACCUCAUAUUGAAGUCGAGAGCAUUGAAUUCUUAGAAGGGUUGAAGAAUAGCACAGGUUUAAGGUUUCUUAGCCUCCAAGGAGUCUCAAAUAUCACAGAGCUUCCAGAAUUUAUAGGCAACCAUAGCAGUUUGGUGAUCUUGGAUCUCAAGGAGUGUCACAAUCUGGAGGUGCUUUCAAAGGAGAUAGGCAAACUCACGAACCUCAGGUACUUGGAUCUUUCUGACUGUUAUCUGCUAGCUCGCCUGCCCAAGGAGCUUUCCGCCCACAAGUUGAGGAAACUGUCCAUCAAUGCAAAUAGUAAUGACUUCCCUAAAGAUGAGGAUCUAACUGCUCUCCAAAAUAUUGGAGUACUCCGAAAGCUAACAAUAGUAUGGAGAGCAACGCUAGCAGAUAAGCAAGGAGAAGCUCAGAAUAGAGGAAAUGCCAGCUGCUGGCAAAUAUUCAAAUCAGCUACAAAGCAACACAACCCAAAAACAGUGACGAAGAAACUUCCAGAGCAACUUGAGAAGCUGGAUCUUCAGUGUUUCCCCAAUUCUACAGCGACGUGGCUGACACCUGAAUCUUUGCCAAAACUAGAGAAACUCUACAUAAGAGGAGGAAACCUUGCAACUCUGGGCGAAAGCAAAUGGUCCAAGGUUAAGGCUUUACGUUUGAAGUACUUGAAUGAAUUGAAGACAACUUGGAUAAAACUGCAGGAAUCUUUUCCAAAAUUGGAAUACUUGGAGAAAGUCAAAUGCCCUGGGAUCAGACUCUGCCCUUGCGACCAGCAUGGAGUGUGGAUGAAGAAUCCUGAUCAAAUCGAACAAAAGUAG